AUGAUUGAUGAAAAUUUCAAAAAAGAACUAGCGAUCAAACGAGAACGCGUCGAAGACCUUUUUUAUUUUGAAAAUUCAAAAGUGAGUAUUUUGACCUGGAAAGUUUGAAGAUUUUACGUCGCGUGUCAAUUUUUUCUUGAAUUUCCCAUAUAACAGGUUGAGAUCAUUGAUUUUCCCUCUCAUUUUGCGAGCGUGCUCCAGUAAACAGCAAAACCGCGAACUAUCGGCUGCUUGUGAACCUUCCCGGACUUCGGAUGCGCGCCGCCGGACAAAUACUGAUUCAUCUUUUCCGUUUCCUUCGCGAAUGUGUUCAUUACGAUUGAAACUGACAACCAGAAACAAAAAAUUCACAAAAAUCACUCGCAAACUGCCGACAGUUUGCGGUUUUUCUAUGCUCACUAGAGCGCGCUUGCAAAAUACGAGGAAUUAAAAUCUUGCCAGAAAUUCCGAAACCCCCCAACAUAUAUUGUUCUCCAGGAAAUCGGUCGUGGAACAUACGGAUUAGUGUACAAAGCGGUGCCAAAACACCCGAACGGCCGAUUUCCGAACAAGGAAUACGCGCUGAAAAUGAUCGAAGGGCAGGGAUUUUCAAUGUCCGCCUGCAGAGAAAUUGCUCUUUUCCGAGAGUUGAGGUACCGGUUUUAGUUGGCGCGGUGAGAUAAGGGUAAAACUUUCUUUUUAGACACCCCAACCUGAUCUGUCUUCAACGCGUUUUUCUGACGAACGAGAAAAAAGUGUGGCUAUUGUUGGAUUACGCGGAGCACGAUUUGUGGCACGUCAUCAAGCACCAUCGGACGGCGAAAAACAAAAAAGUGCCGAUUAUGGUGCCGCGAAAUAUGGUCAAAAAUAUUUUAUUCCAAAUUUUAUCAGGUUUUUAUAACAAUUUUCUCAAAAAAUGACUUUUUUCAAGGAAUGCACUAUCUUCACUCGAAUUGGGUGCUCCAUCGUGACCUCAAACCGGCGAAUAUUCUUUUGAUGGGCGACGGACCGCCCGAUAUGCGUGGCAGGUCGGUUUUCGGCUGAAAAUGAGUUAAGAUACGAUUUUCAGAGUUAAAAUCGCGGAUCUCGGGUUUUCGAGAAUCUACGCGAACCCGCUGAAACCGAUGGCCGAACUCGACCCGGUCGUCGUCACUUUUUGGUACAGAGCUCCAGAAUUACUGCUCGGAGCGAAACAUUACACAAAAGUCAGUUUUUUUUGCGAAAAACUAAUCUACAACUGAUAAUUUUGAAGCUUAUAAAAAGAAAACGGGCCGGCAAAGUGCACGGGGAACUGUAUCAUAUGCGAAUUCGGAAAUUUUCACGAUAGACUUAUUGUAGGCAAUUUUUCUUCGCGAGUGGCUCAUGAUGACAUGUCAUAGGCCCAUCCCCUGUGUAUGCUCGUUUUCUAGAGAUACAUUGAAAGAUCGAUAGUCGCAUGUAUAGUAGAAAUUGUCAAUUUUCAACCGGAAAAGUAUAGCAUUUCUGGAAUUUUUCAACUUUUGACCAGUUUUAGCCUAAAAUGCUCAAAAAUUCAGGCAAUCGACGUUUGGGCGAUCGGAUGCAUUUUCGCCGAACUUUUGACCGCCGAACCGCUGUUUUUCUGUAAAGAGGAGGAUAUUAAAGCACAGAAUCCGUACCAUUAUGACCAGGUUAAAAGGUGAAUUUUUGAACAAUUGUGAGCACAAGCGAUUCGAUUGGCGUUGAUUGAGAAAUUGUGUAGAGAAAAAACGCGGGGCGAGAGAAAUACCAUUUGUGCGGUAGAAGAGAGAGGCGCAGACGGUAGACAGUUAAAGGCGCUUAGAAAUAAACUUCAUGCUACGCGCCUUUAACUGUCUACCGUCUGCGCCUCUCUCUUCUACCGCGCAAAUGGUAUUUCCCUCGCUCCGCGUUUUUUCUCUGCUUCAAGCACUAAUGGCAAUGCGAGGCAAUUCAGAAGACAGACACAUAAACUCGGACGGUUCUCUGGUCCUUUAAUAGCUUGCAAAAACAAAAUAAAAAAUGAUAUUUUUUUCCAGAAUCUUCCACCUGCUCGGAUAUCCGUCGGACGCCGAAUGGCCGGACAUGAAAAAGAUGCCGGACCAUCAGAGACUGCUGAGCGACGCACGGAACGAGGGGUCAGUUAUCGUAACAAUCAGAGAUGGGCGCCGAUUGGUGGCGCCACGACAACUUUCAAACGUGUUCCGGUGUGUACAGAGCCGACGAAAGAGUGUGCCAUGCGAGAUACGCAGAGAGCGACACAAAAUUGCGUACACCGGAACGUGUUCGAAACUUUCGAGCAAAAUUCGGUUUGCUCCCGCACCGCGCCCAUCUCUAGUAACAAUAGAAAAAUGAAUGAACUUGGGAAAAAAAAAAACGUGUAAAUUUAAUGAAAGCAGUAUGAAUUUUGAAGAAAUGUAUCGUAUUAUAUGAUUUUCUGAAGACUUUCAGCACUCCGAUCACCACAUUCCCAAACAGUCUCCACCGAUAUUUCGACAAAUGGAAAAUCGACCAUCAAAGUUCUCCGUACCGUCUAUUAGUGAAAUUACUGACGGUGGAUCCGACGAAACGGCUCAGUUGUGAGGAUGCGAUGAACGACAUUUAUUUCCGGGUAAUCUACCUUGUCUUUCAAUUCUUUACGAAUUUUUUGAGUUAAAACUUCUGGAGUUUUACCCUAAAAAAAGAAAUUUCAGAAAAUGGAACGUCCACCACGUGAAACCGACGACGUCUUCAACAGAUAUCCGAUUCCGUACGCGAAAAAAGAGCAGCAAAUGACUGUGAGUGCAUCUUAGUCAAAUGUCUUCAAAAGUUGAACGUCAUAAAUUAAUACAAAACUAACUCCAAUAUCAAAAUUGUCUGCUUUACUAACACCGGUUACCAUUUCAAGCCUUUUUGCACGCUACAGAUUCCCAUCGAUCAGGUGCCCGUCCAACAACAGCCUCAAAUGAACCAGCAACAAAUGGGCGGACCGUCGCAAAUGAUGGGACCGCCCGGACAAAUGGGACAGCCGCAAAUGGGACAACCGCCGAUUCAGGAGGGACCGGUGCACGGCCAACAUCCGAUGAUGCAGCAGCAACAUCCGCAACAGCAUCAUGUACGUUUGAGCACAAAAAUUGAAUUUUUCGUGUUUCUUUCAGCUGAAAAACUGUGUUGAUUAGUUUCAGAUGCCGUACCAAGGAAUGCACGAUCACUCGAUGCAGGGCGGAAUGGACGACGGAGGACCGCAGGCGAAAAUGAUGAGAAUGGCGAAUGUGCCGAUGGGCAGACCGGUGGGCAUCUUUUUUUCCUUAAAAAAAUCACAUCUGCAAUGUAUUAAAUUAGGCUGAUCGAACAGGCGCCUGUUCGACCAGCCUAUAUUAAAUAUUGAAAGGAGCGCCUAAAUUAUUGAAAGCUGCGCCUAAAUUAGCAAGAACAGCACCGUAAAAAAAGUGAAUGACCAACCAACGAAAAACCGUCCCUAACCCUGUAAAAGUUCCAGUUCGGCGCCCCGAUGCCUCCGCCGUACGGUCCUCCGCAGGAUUACCAUCCAACGGGACCUCCGAUGAUGCCAAUGAUGGGUCCUCCGCAGCCUGGACCUUCCGGAUACUACCAAAGAGCGCCCGUACAACAAGCGGGACCAGUGGGCGGACCGCCGGGACCACAGUACAUGAAUCCGCAGAUGAAUCCGCAGAUGAACCCACAAAUGAAUCCUCAAAUGAACCCACAAAUGGGAAUGCAAAUGAAUGCGCAAAUGACGAUGAGAGCGCCCGGACCGCCGCCUCAAUUUAUGGCGCGAGGACCGCCGCAGAUGGGACCGCCCCAAAUGGGUCCCGGACAACCGCAGGGACAACAGCAGUGGCCGGGAUAUCGAUGA